AUGCCCAACACAUUCGGACUCACAAGUCGCGGCUCCAACGUCCGCUCUCGCGGCACGUUUCGAAAGCGCGGUGGAGGACCACGAUCCGGCUCCUUCAAGAGCGCCACCGAAAAGGCCAUCGCCGAUGCCGCCGCACAGCUCGUCAAAGGCGUCGAGGACGGCACCGCCGUCGAGGAGCGCUUCCAGGAGGUCAAGGUGCGCGACGACAUCGACGAGAAGCUCGGCUUCCACCGCCUCGAGCAGGGCGAAACGCGCCAGGCAUGGCUCGUCAACAUGCACCCUACCCUCAUCCGCGAUCCCGACCAUCCCACAGGCAAGAGCGGCGUCGAUUUCUACUUUAUCGAGGACGAUGCAAGCAUGUUCAAGGCAACCGUCCUCUAUCAGCCAUACUUUCUCGUCGGCUGUCGACCAAAUUCCGAAAGCUCCGUAGAGGAAUGGCUCAGGAGAAGGUUCGAGGGCCUCAUCCAGUCCAUCCAGCGCGAGCGCAAGGAAGACCUCAAGCUUCCCAACCACCUCAUCGGACACAAGCGGCUCUACCUCCGCCUCACCUUCCUCAACGUCCAAGAUCUGCUCUCCGUGCGCAAGGAGCUUCUCCCCCUCGCAAAGGCAGCCCAGAAGAAGCUCUCCGCCGUCGACACCUACGCCGACGUGCUCAGCGCCGCUUCGGCAGCAGCCGCUGGCGCAUCCAUCGAGAUCGAGAUGGACGCCCACGGCGACUCCAGCGGCCUUGUCGGCGAAGACGGCUGGACCGGUGGCCGAAAGAGAGCAGCAGCCAGCGCGCUCGAUCCCGCAGAGUGCCUCGUCGACAUCCGCGAGUACGACAUCCCCUACUACCUCCGCGUCGCCAUCGACCAGGACAUCCGCGUGGGUCUCUGGUACGACGUCAGCUUCAAGGACGGCGUCGUCAGCCUCGACAUGGUCCCCAGCCGUGUCAAGCGUGCCGACCCCGUCGUCAUGGCCUUCGACAUCGAGACCACAAAGCAGCCGCUCAAGUUCCCCGACGCAGAGUCCGACGCCAUCAUGAUGAUCUCCUACAUGAUCGACGGUCAGGGUUUCCUCAUCACCAAUCGUGAAAUCGUCUCCGAAGACAUCGAGGACUUCGAAUAUACCCCCAAGGACGAGUACGAGGGCCCCUUUAUCAUCUUCAACGAGUCCGACGAGCUCGCCCUCCUCCAGCGAUUCUUCAGCCACUUCCGCGAGGCCAGCCCCACCGUCGUCGCCACGUACAACGGUGACUCGUUCGACUUUCCCUUCAUCGAUGCACGUGCUCGCGCUCACGGCAUCAACAUGAUGGACGAGAUCGGCUUUGCCAAGGACUCGGACAACGAGUACAAGUCGCGCGCAUGCUCCCAUCUCGACUGCUUCCGCUGGGUGCAGCGCGACUCGUACCUCCCGCAGGGUUCUCAGGGCCUCAAGGCCGUCACCGUCGCCAAGCUCGGCUACGAUCCCAUGGAACUCGACCCCGAGCUCAUGACGCCCUACGCCAUCGAACAGCCCCAGACGCUCGCACAAUACUCGGUCUCCGACGCCGUCGCCACCUACUACCUCUACAUGAAGUACGUGCAUCCCUUUAUCUUUUCGCUCUGCAACAUCAUCCCUCUCAAUCCCGACGAGGUGCUGCGCAAGGGCUCCGGUACGCUUUGCGAGACCCUCCUCAUGGUGCAGGCUUACAAAGGCAACAUCAUCAUGCCCAACCGUCACGAGGAUCCCGUAGGCAACACCUACAGAGGUCACCUGCUCGAGUCCGAGACCUACGUCGGCGGCCACGUCGAAGCACUCGAAGCCGGCGUCUUCCGCUCCGACAUCGAGACCGACUUCCGCGUCGACCCAGCCGCCAUCCAGCAACUCAUCGACGACCUCGACGCAGCGCUCCAGUUCAGCAUCCGCGAAGAGGGCAAGCUGGCGCUCGACGACAUCGAAAACUACCAAGAGGUCAAGGCCGAGAUCCGCUCCAUGCUCGAGGUGAUGCGCGACGACCCCAACCGCAAGGAUUGUCCGCUCAUCUACCAUCUCGACGUCGCUGCCAUGUACCCCAACAUCAUGCUUAGCUACCGGCUCCAGCCGGACUCGAUGGUCAGCGAGGCCAUGUGCGCCACCUGCGACUACAACCGCCCAGGCAUGAAGUGCGACAAGCGCAUGGAUUGGGCCUGGCGAGGCGAGUACUUCCCCGCCAAGCGUGACGAGGUCAACAUGAUCCGCAACGCCUUGGCUAGCGAGACCUUCCCGCCCAGGUUCCCCAACCAGCCUCGACGCACGUUCGAAGACCUCGAGGUGAGCGAACGCACGGCGCUGCUGCACAAGCGACUUGGCGACUACUCGCGCAAGGUGUAUCGCAAAACGCACGAGACCAAGACAGUCAUCCGCGAAGCAGUCAUCUGCCAGCGUGAGAAUCCGUUCUAUAUCAACACCGUGCGCGACUUCCGCGACCGUCGCUACGAGUACAAGGGUCUGCACAAGACGUGGAAGAAGAACCUCGACAAAGCCGACUCGCUCAACGAUACCAUGGAGGCCAAGAAGAUGAUCGUUCUCUACGACUCGCUCCAGCUCGCCCACAAGUGUAUUCUCAACUCCUUUUACGGCUAUGUGAUGCGCAAGGGCGCACGAUGGUACUCGAUGGAAAUGGCCGGCAUCACCUGUCUCACGGGUGCCUCGAUCAUCCAGAUGGCCAAAGAACUCGUGGAGCGCAUCGGACGUCCGCUCGAGCUCGACACGGACGGUAUUUGGUGCAUGCUUCCUGGCGUCUUUCCGGAGAACUUCAACUUCAAGGUCAAGGGCGGCAAGAAGUUCGGCAUCUCGUAUCCGUGCACCAUGCUCAACCACCUCGUGCACGAAAAGUUCACCAACCACCAGUACCACGAGCUCGUCGACAAGAAGAUCGGCCGGUACGAGGUGCGCAGCGAGAACUCGAUCUUCUUCGAGCUCGACGGUCCGUACAAGGCCAUGAUCCUGCCGUCGUCCAAGGAGGAGGACAAGCUGCUCAAGAAACGCUAUGCCGUCUUCAACGAGGACGGCUCGCUCGCCGAGCUCAAGGGCUUCGAGGUCAAGCGUCGUGGCGAGCUACAGCUCAUCAAGGACUUCCAGAAGCAGAUUUUCGAAAAGUUCCUGCUCGGCACGACGCUCGACGAGUGCUACGCGGCGGUCGCCAAGGUCGCCAACCAGUGGCUCGACGUGCUGUACAGCAAGGGCUCGACGCUGCACGACGAGGAGCUCAUCGACCUCAUUGCCGAGAACAAGUCCAUGUCCAAGACGUUGCAGGAGUACGGCAGCCAGAAGUCGACGGCCAUCACCACGGCAAAGCGUCUGGCAGAGUUCCUCGGUGCGCAGAUGAUCAAGGACAAGGGCCUCGCGUGUAAGUUCAUCAUCAGCGCCAAGCCCUUUGGAGCGCCCGUCACGGAGCGUGCGGUGCCGGUGGCGCUCUUCAACGCAGAGCCCUCGGUCAAGCAGCACUACCUCAAGAAGUUCCUGCGCGACAACUCGAUCACCGAUUUCGACAUCCGCAACAUCCUCGACUGGAACUACUACAUCGAGCGCUUUGGCGGUGUCAUCCAGAAGCUCAUCACGAUCCCAGCGGCGAUGCAGAAAGUGUCGAACCCGGUGCCGCGUGUCCGACACCCGGACUGGCUGCACAAGCGUGUCGCAGCGCGCGAGGACAAGUUCAAGCAGAGGAAGCUCACCGACGUCUUCCGUCCCGCUGCCAAGCCGUCCGCGGUCGAAGCGAGCUCGGCCUCGAAGCCCGUCGCCGCUGCUGCGCCGCCAAAGGAGGUCGAGCCGGAGAUCGAGGAGAUCGCACCAGACAUGAACGUCGACUACCCCGGCUGGGUUGCGGUGAUGAAGAAGAAAUGGCGAAAGCAGCGCCUGCAGAGAGCCAAGGAGCGCAAGGCGAGGGCGGCAGGCGCGAGCGUGUUUGGAUCGUCUUCGCUGGGCAAGGGAACCGUUGGGUCGCUCUUCUCGCAGCGUUCUGCCAACAUGGCAACGGCCGUAUGGGACGUGGUUCAGAUCUGCCCAUCUUCACGCCCCGGCGAGUACCGCAUGUGGAUCUCGAUCGACCAACACCUGCAGGCGCUCAAGCUCAAGGUGCCGCGCCAGUUUUACGUCAACUUCAAGAGCAACCCGGGCAACGAAGUCUUUCUGCCGGGCGUGUACGAGGCGGAGCGACUCGUCAAGACGCUGCCGCGCGAUGCGCCGUGCCGCCACCUCUACCGCAUCACCGUAGACGAGGACGUCUACCAGGAGCAGGAGGCACACUUUAGCAACCUCAUCCACCAUCCCAACGUCGAGGGCGUGUACGAGAAGCAGCUGCCGCUGGAUGUGCGUGCGCUGAUCCAGCUCGGAUCCAGCUGCGUCUACGGGCGCAACGGCGCGUCGCAGAAGCUGAGCCGCGCACUGGAUACGGGCUUCCGCCUGCACGAUCUGUCGCCGCCCACCUCGGUCGAUAUCUCGCCCAGCCACAGUUACCUCUCGGGCGGUGCAGGUAUCCGCUACUUCUACCUGUACCACGCUCAUCGCGAUGGGCGCCACGUGCUCAGUGUCUUUAGCCCCGAGGGCGACGUCAAGGUGCACAUUGUCGACAGCGCCGGGCUGCGCCAGGUGCCCAACCUGGAGACCAUGUAUGCGGACCGCGUCGCGCACAUGCGCAAGCGCGGCACGCUCGCCGAGGUCAAGGGUGUCUUUGAGUACAGCGACACGAUGCGCGUGGAUGUGCGCAUCCACACGUCGGCAUCACGCGCGUUCAAGGCGCUGGCCAAGGAUCUGACCACGCUGCGCACGGCCAAGCAGGGCUCGGCGCUGCUCGCCAUGUGCACGUCCAAGGACCAGGCGUACUACGAGACGCACGUGCCCAGCGUCGCCGAGUUCCCCAUCAUCAAGAUCGCCGCGGCGGCGCUCGAGGACGAGCUGCCGGCGCUCGGAUGGCAGCUGUAUUCGGCCCGCCGCAUGUUCCAGUGCUACCUGCGCGCGGCGAGCUGGGUGCGCGGAUGGAUCGAUCUAGCGGGCCACUUUGACCUGCCGCUUUGCAACCUGGAGAAGGACUUUACGAUCUUUGGCGCAGACAUCGACUUUGCACGCAGGCUGGUCAAGCAGGACAUGGUGCUGUGGUGGUCGCCGCAUUCGCAGCCGGAUCUGGGCGGACGCGAGCAGGAUAUCCAUGCGCAGUCCAGGUGGGACGAGCAGGAGUCGCUCGAGCUCAGCCAUCCGGGCGCGUAUGCGACCGUGUGUCUCGAGGUCGGACUGGUGGAUCUGGCGGUCGAUGCGGUGCUCCAGUCUGGAACGGUCAACGACAUGGAGGGCAGCUCCUCUGGCGUGGCGUUCGAGGGUGCAUCACACAACCUGGACGAGUACUCGCGCGGCACCGUCGAGAGCUCGACGAUUCUGGGCGACUCGGUGCUCACGUCGGCGGUGUUCUCGGCGGUCAAGGGCAUGGUCAAGGCGUGGUUCAUGACCAAGCGGCGCGGCCGGUCGCAGUUCUCCUCGCUGCUGUCGGACAACUUUUGGCGCUGGGCGUCGUCGGACGCAUCGGCCAUGUUCGAGCCCGCGCUGCAGCGCUUCCUGUUUGGGCUCAUGAAGAAGACGCUGCUGCAGCUGCUGGCCGAGUUCAAGCGGCUGGGCGCCAGCAUCGUGUACGCGUCGUUCAACCGGCUUUUCUUGCUGACGACCAAGCCGAGCGCAGCGAAUGCCAUGGCGUACUCGCGCUACCUACUCUCGGCGGUGACGAGCCGCGAGCUGUUCAAGCACGUCCAGCUCGACAUCAUCCACUACUGGGAGUACCUGCUGUGGAUGGACACGGCCAACUUUGGCGGUGUGAUUGCGGAUGUCGACUCGCUCGUCGCGCCGACCGAGGAGGCGGAGGCCGAGGCAGCGCGAACGACCAAGUCGGGCAUGCCGACGUUCAACGUGGAGAUGAACUGGAACAUCCAGACGUUCCUGCCGCUGGCGGUGCAGGACAAGUUCUCGAUCGCGGUGGGAUCGUUCAUCUUUAGCAUGUACGAGCACAAGCAGCAGGCGACGGUGGCGGGCGACCUGGACCGCACGCCUCUGCGCGCGGUGGCGGAGCCCAACACGCCGGCGAACGGCGAGGCGUCCAAGGACGACGCCGAAGACGGAGGCAAGGAUCGCGACGAGGUGGUGGGAUCGGCGGCAGCGGCGGUGGCCAAGUUUAGCACGGAUCUGAUCAACCACACGAUGACUCGGAAGAUGCUCAAGCAGCUGGCGUCGCUCAAGACGGCGAUGCAGACGUCGUCGGACGAGAUCAAUGCGGCGGUGGCGCGCGACGAGGACGAGGAGUAUGUCGACAUGCUGACGGCCGAGCACAAGCGCGCGUGGGCGUUCCCCGUGCUCCCGGGCUCGUGGUUGGCCAUGUCGAAUCCGCUGCUCGAGUUUAUCAAGACGACGACGGCGGUGCUGGCGCUGUCGCGCGAGAAUGCGAUCGAGGUGCAGAUCCUCAAGCGCAACCUGCUCGACAUGAUCAACGUGCGCGAGUUUGCGCCCGAGGCCGAAUUCCGCAAUCCGUGCGAGCCGUUCAAGCUGCCGCUCGUCAUCUGCGCCUUCUGCAACGACGACCGCACGCUGGAUUUGUGCCGAGACCCUGACCUGAUGCCCAAUCCGAACGCGGUGGCACAGACGCCCAAGUGGAAGUGCGCCAAAUGCGCGUUCCCCUACAGCGUGGCGCAGCUCGAGAUGAGGCUGGUCAACAUUGCGACGAGCUACCUCGAGUCGUUCCAUCUGCAGGAUCUGCGCUGCAACAAGUGCGGUGCGCUCAAGUCGACGAAUCUGCAGCCGCACUGCGAGUGCUCGGGCAGCUUUGGAUUGAUGGUGACGCGCAAGGAGACGCUCAAAAAGCUGCGCUCGCUGCAUACGAUUGCGGGCUUCCAUUCGCUGCACACCGUGCAGGCGGCCGUGGACCACAUCAUCGCCAUGGUCUAG